AUGAAGGCAAUGGGUUACAGACGUCGAAUUGUUCAAUCGCAGGGAAGUCAAUUGGACAGCAAUGGAGACACAGAGUUUCAUACUAGGGAAAACGACAUAGACACAACGAGACCCAAAGAAUGGCCACCAGAAUGGCACAACGAUAUCGUUAUAAGAAGACAUUAUGGUGCCGUGAAGCCUCCAAGACCAAGUCGCGGCGUUGAACAGCCCAAACCAGUAAAACGGACCAACCCAGUAAAAGAUAUCAAAGAAUCUAAUCCCAAGAUCUAUGGACACACUGGAAUAAAGCAGGUUGGAAGCAGUGUGACAUUAUCAGGUGUGGAUGCGUUGGGGAAGAACGCUGAAGUCCUUGUCUUGCGAGAUUCGAAAUUGAGAUUUUAUAAGGCGAAGAAUAAGAGUCCUCUUGAUGCAAAUCCAACGCCCGAAAAUAUUGAUAUUCUAGCUAGGCUUCAAAGCGAAAGAGGAAUUGUCUCUUCGAAAGAUGUCGAAGCACAUAUCAAUGAAUGCAAGCCUGCAGAGGGAACUAUACAAACGUGGGACGAUUUCAACGGUCUCGUGCAAUUAUUGCAGAAAAGUUUCACAAAUCCUCAAAUGAAGAAGUACAUCCAGUCAUACCCACAGGAAGAAAGAAUGAGGAAAGUACCAUCCCUCGGUGUUGGAAUUUUAUACGACGAGAACGCAAUUUCUCGAGCAACUCCGUGGGUACCAGAAAUCUCCCCUAUAAACCAGCCAGUCGAUGAUGAUCCCUUACGGGGAUACUCUCCAGCAUCCUAUAAUUACAAACAAAAUAUUGCGGUAAGGAUCUUAAGGGAAUGUUGGCAAAUAGAAGUUCCGGAACUUGUUGAUGGAAUAGGUGAAGUCGAAGUUCAAGUUCAGAUAAAGGAUCUAGACUUUUUGAAUAGCCAGGGAUACAUGGAAUCUUUGAUCAAACAAUAUUAUCUAAACGACCCCGAAAAGAUUGAAAUAUAUCGACCUCGUCAAGUUCUUCGUAUCACCUCGACCCGAGAAAAGGCUGCCCUCAUUAUUGCUGAGAUCCAGGAUGGAAUACGAAGUAUUAGUAGGGAGGAGUUCCAGUUGAAAGAUUUAUGCUUUUCUCAUUACAUCAGAGGGUGGGAGAGUAGAAUUCUUACUCCAGAAGUACUGGCUAAACUUGGUGAAUUGACUAAAACGGAUAUCAGAAGAUUGCCACACAAAGAGCCGAUUCUUCUGAUUUCAUCCAUGGUUACCGACCGAAAAACAGAUCUGUCAAAACGGGCUGAUGUGGUGAGACGUCUGUUACUAGAUCUAGCCCGGUUCGAUGGGUCUGAUCAGAAUUCAAGGAAAGUUGGGUUGCGAGACUUCAACGAGUCUUCUCCCACAGUGGACUUGCCUGGAGGUUUUGUUAGAUAUCCAGGGUCGCGUGAGCUUUCUUGGCACGAAAGGCUUCGUACGUGGAGUCGAUGGACUACAGCCACCCCUAAGUCCGUAGCCAUCGAUAACCCAACUGAAGCGACUCAAUACACUUUUCCUUUCAACACUGUGGACAUAAAACUAGCUGGAAACCCUCAGAAGAACCCCGACCCUGAAGGAGCCGAACUUUUAUGGUCUCAUGAGUAUUCGCCCUCUACCACGAUCAAAGCCGGAACUAUCUUACACAAUAUUAGCGGUCAUCGGAUUGGAAGAUAUAUCGAUGAUGACGUGGAGCAUUCAAGGGGACCACCCGCGAUUUCACCCGACAAGACAUUGAAUAUGAUCAACUUGAAGACAGAGAUGGAUAAUGGUUCAAUCCGUAUAUUUUCCCCACAAGCACCGAAUAUGUCAGGACUAUUUCAGUCAGAUCAUAUCCAAAAUGGACAUUUUGAUAAUGCAAAUCAGGAACUUGUCAUGCAAUUCAAACCUAAUCCAUCGGCGGUAUGUCCAAAUGGCGACACAAUUGGGCCUUCCGCUUUCAAGGACUUUCCUCCGAUAGAGAUUUCUUUCAUCAUCAAUCGAGAAUCUUUUGAAGUAGAAUUUCGGGAGCUUCAUGCUAUAGUUUCUACUGAGACAGCGGAUUUGAUGCUUCCUGAACUCAAAGCAGAUCUCCAGUUUCAAAGAAGGAUUCGUUCAAGAAUGUUGUUCGAUGAAUCUAAAUCAAAAAGUGGGUUGGGUGGUCUGAAAUCAGCCGCAAUCUCUGUGAAGAAAUUCAUUCAGAAUUCUCAACUAGAUCUAACCAGUGAGCGACAAUUGGAAACACCACCGAAAUUAGUCAUUCCCCUCGCUAAACAUCUUUGCACUGAUAAUGGCUGGAAACGCAUGAAGGGCCAGCCAAGAUCGGGUGUUGAUGUUGAAUAUUUAUUUGCCAAGCUUGAAUACAGAAAGAAGACAACUUACAAUUUCAACAAUCAUGAAAUAUGCUGCACGAGUAUCGAAGCAGGAAAAGCUGGUGGUUCACAUUUGGAAUUGAGUCUUACAUCUCGAUCCAUGCCAAAUCAAGAUGAAUUUAACGAGACUAUGAAGACAGCGUUGAAGAUGGUACAGUUGAUGGAUAUCAAGAAUUUCACAAGCAUCUAUGGGCAGGUGAGAGAAACGUUCCCAGAACGAAAAGAACCAGUCUUGGGCCCUGAUGAUUUCAAAUUCAUACCAAAGAGGCCUAGUGAUUUCUUGGACGUGAAAAGACUGUACGAAGAAGACGAUGAAAAAAGAUCCAGGUUUGACAGUGCGCCGGCUAAGGAGGAGGUUGAUGAAUCGCAGGUGUCGCCGAACAAAGGUCAGGAGUCUCAAGAUCAUGGAAGUGGAAGAUGGUAA